CUUUGUACUGUAUUUUUCUCCUGAGCCAGAGACAACACCAACAGACAGUCAUGACUUCCUUCAGUUCAUCACUCUCUGGUGAGCUGCUCCAGUGCAAUAUAUGUCUGGAGGUGCUCACUGACCCAGUCACCACUUCAUGUGGACACAACUUCUGCAAUGUUUGUAUUGAGGCAUGCUGGGAGAGUGGACAGCUCUAUCGUUGCCCUCUCUGUAAGGAAGGAUUUGAUAGUAAGCCAGAAUUGAAAAUAAAUGUAGCAUUUCAAAAGGUUGUUGACCGUUACAAGGUGCAUCAACAGCCAAAGAAACUCCAACACCAGACAAAAACCUUUCCUCACAUUUUAUGUGAUGUCUGCUCUGAAAACAAGCUAAGGGCAGUAAAGUCUUGUUUGCAGUGUGUAACAUCUUUCUGUGAGACUCACCUGACCAAUCACAAAACUGCACCAAGGCUCGUAAGGCACAAACUGAUCGACCCCGUGGACAACCUGGAAGAUUAUCUCUGUGAGAAACAUGAUAAACCACUGGAGAUGUUCUGCAGAGACGAUCAGACCUGUCUAUGUCUGUUUUGCACUGAAACAGAACAUAAGACUCACAACGCUGUUCCUAUUGAAGAAGAAAGUGGACACAAGAGGAUUCAACUGGAAAAGACACAGGCAGAAAUAAAGGUGAUGAUCCAGGACAGAUGUAAUAAGAUUAAGGAGAUAAAAAACUUAGCAAAAUCCAACAAGAGCACCAAUGAGAGCAAUAAAGCAAAUAAAGUUGAGCUGUUUACUGAUUUGAUCCACUCCAUUGAGAGAUGUCAGUCUGAGCUGCUGGAGGUGAUGGAGCAGAAGCAGACAGCAGCAGAAACACAGGCUGGAGAGCUGAUUAAAGAGCUGGAGCAGGAAAUCACUGAGCUCAAGAGGAGAGAGUCUGAGCUGGAACAGCUCUCACACACUGAAGAUCACCUGCACCUCCUACAGGUCUACUCAUCUGUGUGCAGCCCCCCAGAAGUCAAGAGCUGGACAAACAUCAACAUUAACACUGAUCUACUCAACACAGACAUUCUGGAUAAAGCUCUUACUUGCCUCAAGGAAAAAGUCAACAAGGAACUGAAAAAAAUCCAUGAUAUCACUCAACCUUCUGUUGUUCACGGAAUCAACUUCAAUCCCCCAACAUCACAACCUUCAACCAAUAGGAUAUUUGAAUUUGGCAGCACUAACACAGAUUCUGCUCCCUUCCAUCAUUCACUGCUACCUAAAAGUUCUUCAGCUAUGGAGAAAAUUGAUACUUUGAGAACACAGAAGUGCAUCCUGACAGAGAUUUCAAAUAUUAAAACAAGCACUGUUCAGACAGAGGGCAAAAUCUACUUUACUCUGGGUAAAACAGACUUCGGCACUCGCUCAAUGAAGAAAGCAGAAAAGAUUAAUAAGCCAGUGAAGGUCUCAUGGUUCGGUCUGAGUCUAAAUACAAUACAGCAACUUUACGCAGUGGGUGUGAUUUUGGAUCCUAACACAGCUCAUCCUAAACUCAUCCUGUCUAAAGAUGGGAAACAAGUGAGUCAUGGUGGAUCCUGGAGAGAUGUUCCCAAUAACUCUGAGAGAUUUGACUCGUCUGCUUGUGUCCUGGGAAAGGAUGGAUUUUCCUGUGGGAGGUUUUACUUUGUGGUCCAAGUCGGUGAUAAGACUGAAUGGGACUUAGGUGUGGCUCGAGAAUCCAUUGAGAGAAAGGGGAAAAUAACAGUGUGCCCAGAGAAAGGAUUUUGGGGUAUUUGGCUAAGAAAUGGAGGUGAAUAUGUGGCUAAUGAAUAUUGUCCUGUUCCUCUUUCCCUAAAAGACAAGCCCCAGAAGGUGGGGGUGUUUGUGGAUUAUGAGGAGGGUCUGGUCUCCUUCUACAACGUGGAGACCAAGGCUCUUAUCUACUCCUUCACUGGUCAGUCUUUCACUGAGAAAAUCUUUCCAUUUUUCAGCCCUUGCAACAAAAGAGGAGAUGUGAACACAAAACCUCUGAUUAUCCAUACUGCCUAAUUACAAUGCAGUCUAUCUUCCUUUAAAGAAAUAAUUAAUACAACAACAUAUGUGGUCACAGUAGCUGGUUAAGAGUUUUUGUUGUCGUGUGUUUGUUUAUUACCAGCAACCAUGAAAUAUUCAUUUCAUGCCUGGCUAGGUAAAUGUGAAGUUCAGUGAAGUACUUCUUCACUCUUGUUUCUUGCUUCAACUU